AAACGAUUAAGAUCCACAUUGUCAAUAUGAACAAGCAGACAAAGCUCUAUUCUCAGGGCAUGGCCCCCCUGGUCAAAACUGUCCCUGCGAGGCCCCGGUGGGAGCGCAUCCGUGAGCGGCCUGUCUUCGAGAUGGCGGAGACCCAGUUCGUCCUGUCCUUUGUGCACUGCUUCCUGGACUGCCGAGGAGCCACCACCUACUUCGCCUUCUGCUACCCCUUCUCCUACACGGAGUGCCAGGACAUGCUGGCGCGGCUGGACGCUCGCUUCGCGGAGGGCAGGCACCUCUCCCCCGGCAGCACAGUUAGUCGGAGGGCAGGCACAGACUGUAGAAGGGCUGAGGGGAAGCCGCCUGCCGCCGCCCACAGAGCAAGGAAGUGCCCCAGAGGAGGACGUGCUAAGGGGAAAACGGAGGCCCCGCUCCAGGGGACACCCUCUCUGGAUUCCAUCUACUACCACCGGGAGCUCCUGUGCUACUCCCUGGACAAGCUGCGCGUGGACCUGCUCACCAUCACGUCGCGCCACGGCAUGCAGGAGGAGCGGGAGGCGCGCCUGGAGAAGCUCUUCCCAGACAAGAGCACGCCCCGGCCACACUGCUUCGUGGGCAAGAGAGUGUUCUUCCUCAGCAGCAGAGUGCAUCCCGGAGAAACGCCCUCCAGCUUCGUCUUCAACGGCUUCCUGGAGUUCAUCCUGCGGGAGGAGGACCCCCGGGCGCAGGUGCUCCGCCGCAUGUUUGUCUUCAAGCUCAUCCCCAUGCUGAACCCCGACGGGGUGGUGCGGGGACACUACCGGACAGACUCUCGGGGAGUGAACCUGAACCGCCAGUAUCUGAGCCCCGACGCGGAGCUGCACCCCGCCGUGUUCGGAGCCAAAGCCGUCCUGCUGUACCACCACGUCCACAGCCGAGUCCAGCCUGGCGCCCCCGACUGGCGGGCCUGCGUCCCUCCCCUCAGCACGGCGGCAGCCAACCAGCGUCCCUCGCACAACUGCCCCCCCAGGGAGGAGCCCUGCCUUUCCGAGCUGGAGAACGCCAACAACCUCCACAACAGCCCCGGGGAUGCAGGUCCCCCCUCGCAUCAGAAGCUCGAGUCCUCGGAGGCCCCGAGAAGCAAGGACCAGAACGUCUGGAUCCUUUCCAAAGAGCCGCCGGCCCCCGAGAACGACGUGGGGAGCCCCCUCCCGCCCGCCCCGGAGGCCAUCCCGCCCCAGCAGAGUGGCCUGGCGUACUAUGUGGACCUGCACGGGCACGCCUCCAAGCGCGGCUGCUUCAUGUACGGGAACAGCAUCUCCGACGAGAACCAGCAGGUGGAAAACAUGCUGUUUCCAAAGCUCAUCUCCCUGAACUCAGCCCAUUUUGAUUUCGCGGGCUGCAACUUCUCCGAGAAGAACAUGUAUGCCAAAGAUAAGAGGGACGGGCAGUCCAAGGAGGGCAGCGGGCGCGUGGCCAUCUACAAAGCCUCGGGCAUCAUUCACAGCUACACACUGGAGUGCAAUUACAACACGGGGCGAUCGGUCAACGCAGUUCCGGCGGCCUGCCAUGACAACGGGCGGGCGACCCCGCCACCUCUCCCGGCGUUCCCUUCCAAGUACACUGUGGAUCUGUUUGAGCAGGUCGGGAGAGCCCUGGCGGUCGCCGCCCUGGACAUGGCGGAGUGCAACCCCUGGCCGCGGAUCAUCCUGUCGGAGCACAGCUGCCUCAGCAACCUGCGUGCCUGGAUGCUGAAGCACGUCCGCGGCAUGAGGGCCGUGGCAGGCCUCUCCCGGAGGAAGGGACCCCGGACUCCUCCCAAGGGGGCCAAUGGGGUCUCGGCGUCCCUCUCGGAGAACUCCCUCUGCCGGGCCAGGAGCUUCAGCAUGGGCGGCAGUGGCGGCAGCCAGCCGGCCUCCCCCCAGGUCAAGAGCUCGCCGAGCUUUGCCUUCAGCUGCCACCACCCCGCUGCCCCUGCGGGGGGCACGGGGCAGGGGCAGGGCCCGCAGAAAGACCCCUCCCGGGCGCUGGCGCUUGUGCGAGAGCCUCGGGCCCAGGAGAAGCGGCGCCCUCAGCACCACGCCCUGCUCCGAGCGGCAGCGAGCAGCGUCCAGGCGGCGCCCCCGCUCUCCCCGUCCGCCUCCCAGACCGCCUCUCAGCUCCAGCUGCCUGCCCGCCUCGCCUGCUCCCUCCCAGCCAGCCUCAGCGUGACAGGGCCCGGCUGCAGCAACCUCCUCGUGGCCGCCCAGGCUAGCGCGGUGGCAGCGGCCUGCUACGGGCUGCGGGAGGCAGAGCGCCCCCAAGAGGAGCCGAGGCCGCCUCCGCCUUGUGGCCUAGCAUUGCUGCAGAAUCUCUCGAGGCGGCUGACCAGUGAGGCGCUCUCAGGACGGCCCAGCCUGGAGAUGCUGAUUCCUCGGCCCAGCCGGAUCCCCAUCCGCAGGCGACCGGCCGGACAACCUCAGCAGCUACUCAGGCUUCACGGCUGCAGCGGUAACUCUGCCCUCAAGGCGUGGAAAUACGCCGCCUCACACCUGCCGGAGCAGAGCUCCCUGCCAGAGUUUCCACUGGAGGUGCCAGAACUGGUGGUAACUGGCCAGAGGGAAGAGCCACUAUUUCUGCACAACUCUCCCAAGGUUUUGCCGGACAAGGUAUGGGGCGGGGGAAGCGCUGCAGUGAGACUCAACAGUGCCCUCGCUGGGGCAGAGGCCGUGCCCACCUCCCUCUUGAAGCUCUGGGACAGCGGAGACGCCCGCCCGCCCGCGACACGGCCUGACCCUGAGCCGGAUCUCUCUGUUGCAGCGUCGCCAGGCACGAGCGGAGUCCCCACAGCUUACCUACCACAAGAUCCUAUCCUUCUGCUCCGAAGCCUGACCCGCUGGCAGGGGCACGGCAACCGGCCAGCCUAUGUGGCCGCUCAGGUGCUGCCCUCCCACCCCGUCCCAGGAACCAGCUGGCUCGCAGCUCGCCCCUCGGUGUGGAAAGGGCCGGCCGAGCCCCCCUUCCCGUUGGCACCAGAGGCACUCCCGAGCCGGCGGCCCUGCCCCUCCGUGCCAAAGCUGCGCCUUCGGCCCGCGGACCGCGCCUGACACCUCACCAGCAG